UUUCCUUGUGACCGUCAUCCCUGUAACAUUACUAAGACAGACCGGAGACCAGCCGACUCUGAGUAACGCUGAACGUCCUCUACAUCCUUCCUACCGGCAACGUGGCAGGACUCAACACUUCAAAGAUGUACUUUUCCCCUCAUGUCACCUACAGUCCACGGAUAGUCGAGUGGAAUUGACACAGAGGAGACUGACGCUCAUGUUGUGAGUCCCCAGUGAAAUGAUGUGGCAGUCGUGAAUGUACUUUGACUGCGUCUGGCACAUGUAAGCUGUGUAGGGGUCGUCAUGGAUCACAGAGGUCACCCCUGGCCCGACUCUGGCCGUCCCUCCCACAGAGCCAAAGACAGAGAGGACUACUACAGAUAUCCUCAGCAGGACAGGGAUCAGAGCUACCCACCAUCAGACCCCAGAGAGAGGGACAGGCACUGGGCUCAUCCUGAUCCCCGUUACAGCGCUCACUUCACCAGUCCUCCUGCCAGACCAGAGCAGUAUCCUUACAACUCCCACCAGUAUCCGUAUGGCUAUGGGCGACCAGAACAUCAGAGACCCCAGUCCAGGCAUGGGUAUGACUACCCACCCCACAGCCACUGGGACUACAGAGACCACUAUGGUUAUUAUGACCAUGACUACUACAGAGGACAGCAUGGACGACCAGAUGCCGGCCAUUGGGGUCCCCAAGACUCAUGGGGAACAGAGCGUUUCCAUGACAGAAAACACAAGCAGGAACAUUCAGGGAGCUCCUACUCAGAGGAGUACAGGUAUGACCAAGGGAGAGACAAGACCCAGAAUUACCUCAAUGACUACGAGGAAAAUCCUUCUAAGGAGAAUGAAGAGGUUUCCUCUUAUUACCUUGGGACAUUAGAAAGUUCCAGAACCUCAGGGUUAUCUUCCAGCAGCUAUGAACUGAGUCAGUACAUUAAUGGAGCUGAACACAGUGACCCUGUCCCACAGCCCGGUCACACAUCUGAUGCAGAGCAUGGACCUGGGCAUCAGACCUCAGCUCCUCUGAAGUACUCAAUCCCUCAUGCAGUAGUCAGCUUCGGACCUGCAGGCCAGCUGAUUCGGGUCACUCCAGGCUUGUCCACACAGGAGAACGUCAGCCAGCUGGAAAUCCACAGCCUGGAAGUCAUUCUGAGUGAGACACAGGAACAGCAGGAGAUGAGAAACUUUCCUGGUCCACUAACUAGGGAAGAUUUGCACAAAGUGGAUGCUAUAGAGUUUGCCCACCAGAAGUCAGGCACCUGCAUGAGAGACGACAAGCUGCAGGAAAAGAGCUCUGCUGCCCUCUUGUGGAAUCUACUGAUACUUCUCUGCAGGCAGAACGGACAAAUAGUUGGAUCAGAUAUUGCAGAACUGCUGAUGCAGGGCUCACAUUCAGAUGGAAGCUGGGAGUCAGAUGCUCCCACACUCAUUGACUUCAGUGAGAGCACAAAUACUGAAGCGCCGCCUCAAAAAGGAGAGGACCUGCUCACAGGAAACUGGAGCAGUUUCAGCUCUGAGACUUCUGAGAAGGCCCUGCAGAGCUACACUCAACUGCUGCUGGCUGGAAGAAAGAAGGAGGCCUUGGAGUCAGCUAUGAGCACCGGCCUGUGGGGACAUGCACUUUUUCUGGCCAGCAAAAUGGACAACAGGUCCUAUACCACUGUGCUGAGCAGGUUUACAGGCCAGCUAACGGCCAGUGAUCCUCUCCAGACUCUCUUCCAGCUGCUGUCUGGGAGAAUCCCUGCUGUAGCCACGUGCUGUGGAAAUGAAAAAUUGGGAGACUGGAGGCCCCAUCUGGCCGUCAUACUCUCCAAUGAGACGGGAUAUCCUGCUAUCCAUCAGAAGGCCAUCAUCACCAUGGGAGACACACUCGCCUCCAGAGGCCUACUACAUGCCGCCCAUGUGUGCUACCUGACAGCCAGUGUUCCCUUUGGGGCGUUCACACAGAAGGCAGAGAGACUGGUGCUUCUCAGCAGCAGCCACAGGCAAUCUUUUAAAUACUUUGCCACAAACUCUGCCAUCCAGUGCACUGAGUUGUAUGAGUACUGCCAGACACUUGGGGGCAAAAGCUUUUCAAUACCAUCUUUCCAGGUGUAUAAGUUCCUGUAUGCCAGUCGACUGUUGGAUUGUGGGCUUUCAUCUCAGGCCUUCCAUUACUGUGAGGUGGUAGGACAGACAAUCCUCAGACAGAGGGAGCCUUUCUUUGUGCUGACUGGCGAGGUUAUUAAGCUGGCAGACAGACUGAGACACUCUGAGGGUCAGUUCAGUGAAGCAGGUGUCUGUGGAGCCGAGCUGGAACCCGACUGGCUCCAACAGCUGCGUGCUAGGCAUCACAGUUUCCAGACGGGGAGUUGUGACUGUACUGAAACAUACGAGCCAGCACCUGCUUUGGCCCAUGACGACAGCAAAGUGCACUCAGAAUUUGGCCUGGAUGACCAGAGUCCUGAGCCUGAACUCCUUUAUUACAGAGCCAGUGAGGAUCAAGAGAGCUUUGUCCAUCAGACUGAAGGAAACCCUGAGGAAAUGACAGCAUUAUCAUGGGACACCAGAGGAGCUCAGGACUGGCCAUGCGCCAAUCCUCCAAUGCCAGUAAACCAAGUUUAUGCUCCCACAGUGCCCACAGUGGCCACAAGCCAAGACUUCAGUUAUCAUAACACAGAUAGUGCUGAAGUCAGAACUGCCUCGCCACAUUGUCCUCUGAGUAAUCUAUCAUCAGCAGCAGAGGGGGGUGGGUCAUCUUCUGGAACAGGCAUGAUGCUGGAGGUUGACAUCAGUCACCAGGGACAAAGCCAGCAGAGCAUCCCACAAGGUUUAGAGUCCUCUGAGCUGACGAACGAGCUACCCAAACAGAGCACCAAGACGGGGUGGUUCGGUGGUUGGUUCAAAUCAAAACCCAAAGAUGUCCAAAAGGAGAAUUCAGAACAGGGAGGCCCGACUCAGACAGCACCACCCACAACUGGCUUCUGUCCUCCUCCCCCAUCUGCCAUUGUCUCUCGAAACAUGAUUCCAUGCCAGCCCUCCUCUGCUGGCAUCAAUCCCUUCUCAAGGAAAGCAGGCCAGCAGCUGGGGUAGAAACCUUGAAAAGACCACUAACCUGCAUUACAGGAUCACAGACAUCACUAAAACCAAAGUAAGGAUCUCACACCUUAACAGUGGUAUAUGUCUAAAGAGAGCUCUACCUGAGCUUGGAGGAGCACCAAUAAGAUCCAUACCACUGACCACUGCCCACAUUUCUUUUUUAAGGGUGCCCUUUCAAACCCCACCCCCAACCCCCAACCCCCAACCCAGCUUGCCCACCAUCAUGUCAGAUACAGAAAUACUCUGGCAUGACCUGGCACAGUAACUCAUAUUGCAGCAACUAAAACAGCUGAGCUGGACUUUGCAAAAGCAGGGAAUAUUUGAGGGAAAGGAAAUCUUAAGUGACCCCAGUAACCACUUAUGUAUGAGCGAUUUGACCUGGUCCAUCAAUAGCAAUAACACUGAGGGAAGCUUUAGUGUGGCAGGAAAAAGUUUGGAGUAGCUGGCUCAACUGUGACCACCUGCGUAAGUGCCCACUGAGUAUCAGUAUCAUCGGCACUCUCACAGCUCGGAUCACCCCAAAAUGAUUAUCCAUGCUAUAUAGGGCAAGACCUUAUCCACCAGCUAAAUUUAAGUUAGAAAUCCAAUCCCAUUGUAUCAUAUCUAUGCACAUAAACACAAUUACCCAAUAUAUCAGAAAUAAUGUUUAAAUACAAAUAGGAUACAAGUUAAAAAUGUAACCCAGCUCUAAUCGUCUAAGCUGAGUAAGGAGAGUUUGUUGUCUGAGGCUUGUAAAUGAUAGCACAGAAUGAAUGAUCUUUGAUUGUUUUUACAUCUGUAAAGUGGAAUAGUUUCAUGCAAAAAUGGAGGAGUGUGUCCCCAUGUUGUCAUGCUGCCAGGUAGGAUGAUGCCACAUGGUUGGGGGGAGGGGCAAUUGGGAAAGACCUCUGCCAGACAAACAGCCAGCAUGCCCUACAGCAGACAUGUAUAGAAUCAAACUGUUCAUAUGCUGAUGAUAUCUGCAGUGCCUUCAUUCGAGAACGGGCCUUGUUGAUUGCCCUGAUAUGUAAAUGUUUGUGUGAGGACAAAGCUAGUGGAGGCCCUUCACAGUGUAUAUAAAACACAUAGUAAUAUAUAUUCUUGGAAUAAAUUCUAGAACAAUCUUUUUAUAACCCUAUCACAUUGUAAACAAGUUUUUGUUGUAAUUGCAACUGUCUUUACUAUGUAUGACAACAUAUGUGAAUGAUUUUUGUACAUCUGUACCAGCACAUUAAAUGUAUUAAUUACAAGUAUAUCUGUGCAA